AUGUAUCUCGGAUCAUCUAUCUAUCUAUCUAUCUAUCUAUCUAUCUAUCUUUCUAUCUAUCUAUCUAUCUAUCUAUGUCCAUCAAUUAAUGUCUGUUCGCAUCUAUCUAUCUAUCUAUCUAUCUAUCUAUCUAUCUAUCUCUUCCCCUUUCAAUAUGUUUUUUUUUUGUUUUCUUUCUUUCUUUUUCUUUUAUUUGUUUUAUUUCUUUUGUUCUCGUUCUUUUUGGUUUUUCUUUUGUUUCUGUUCUUUUGUAUUCUUUGUUUUCUUAUCACUUUCUUUUUCCGAUCUCUGUUGUUUUUUUAUUCUUUCUUUCUUUCUUUCUUUCUUUCUUUCUUUCUUUUCCCCUUUCUCUUUCUUUCUUUCUUUCUUUUUUCCUUUCUUUUUUCUUUUCUUUCUUUCUUUUCUUUCUUUCUUUUCAUUUUCUUUCUUUCUUUCUUUCUUUCUUUUGUUCUUUCUUUCUUUUCCCUUUUUAUUUUCUUUUUUUUCCCAUCAUUCAUUACAUUCUUUCUCUUUUUCUUUUUUCUUUCUUUCUUUCUUUUUUCUUUCUUUUUUUUCUUUCUUUCUUUCUUUCUUUCUUUUUUUUUUGUUUUCUUUCUUCUUUCUUUCUGA